AGGGGAAAGCGAUUGUAGAGGGAAAUCAAUAUACUGAUGAUAGUCCCCUUUUGUAAGAUUCGAUAAUUGCUGGCUAUGGAUCAAGUAAACCGACACAUAGUUGUACCAAAGCAGGCGUUUUAUCUCCUUAUAACUUUGGAUUCACAAUCCGUAAUGUCAGUUUUGUUAACUUUGACAAACCCGACUGUUCAGCCCUAGCCAUUACCAGGAUUCCAGAGCGAUGUGAUUCACUUUGUGGUGGAUACAUGUACAGAACACAGAAUCUAACAUUUAGUAAUGUUGAUAUUCGUGUGAACAACGACUGGAUCUGGGAAUCGGUGUACGAAGACAUGGAUGGGUCGCUGUGUGGAUAUCCGUCCUGUAAGGUGGUACCAUGUACAGGAACGUUACCGUCAAACUGUACUUUAUUUUCAAACUCAUCAAACAUCCCAUUAUGCACUUGUCCAGCAGAUGUCAAACUCUUCAGAUUCGCUGUAUCGUUCACUUCUUGGAGUUGGCCUAUCGUCUUUACCAACGCAUACGGAUCAACAAAACACCAGUAUCGUUAUCGUGCUAUCGAUCCGGCAAACGGCUGGAUGACGAACUUGGUCUCUGGUGAAUCUUAUCUGUGGAACUUUGAUUAUGACACCAUAUUGACUAAUUUCAGCUACUACGGGAAUGCUUAUAGAAUGCAGUACGGCGAUUACGUCAUCAUAAGUCAGGCUUUGACUGGGGAACCGGAUGAGGUUUGGAUAGAUGGAGAUCUUAUCCCUGCAACAAAUGAAACCCUAGACCCAGAAACUCACUACCUUGGAGACUGGCAGUACAACGAGACGUCCGGCAUGAUCGCGUACUUAGUAUCGUAUAGACGACGAUGGUACCAUAAUGACCACAGCAUACAGGAUUUACACUUUAAUUUACAAAUCAAACAGUGCUUAUUUAAGGGUUGUGUUAUCCCUUCUCCACAUCCACCACCUACACCCCAGACUACCCCUUCAACAACGACCUGCGUUUACUGGUCCUCGCCUACAUCAUGGCCAAACAAUUCAUUUCCGGUUGAGGGGGAUGACGUCACUAUCCCGAAAGGGAAAUGCAUGAUAGCUGACACGGUGAUACCGAUGCUGAACAAACUCGUUAUCUACGGCGUGUUGGAGUUUGAUCAUGGACCGGUAAAUAGUUCCUACAGAAACUUCACUCUGAGUGCAAAGGACGUCAUUAUUAUUGGAGGGAACCUUCUGGUUGGUUCUACAAAUGAUCCAUUCCUGGGUAAAAUAGAUAUCAUUCUUCGGGGUCAGCGUCAAGGAUACUCCGACACUGAGGAAUACCUGCCCAACACGGGCAUACCUGUCAAUUUGAAAACAAUAGCUGUAUAUGGAGGACUUGAACUACAUGGUAAAGAUGUUGGAAUUCCGUGGACAAGAUUGGUCACAACAGGAAACCCCGGGGAUACAUCGAUUACUUUAGCUGAUAACGUAACCUGGGGAGUCGGGGAAGAAAUCGUCAUCGCCCCUACCAGUUACGACAUAUGGGAGACGGAAACAUUCAAGAUCACGGGCGUGUCGAAUGAUGGCUUUACUCUAGAACUGAACGUUUCCCUGCAAUUCAGACAUAUUGCACAUGAGGAAACCAUAACCGAUCGAAGAGUGAUUAUGUCAGCAGAAGUAGGUCUCCUCACCAGAAACAUCCGGAUACUUGGAGAAGAUGAGGAUGCAAUGCACACAGAUUUCUAUGGAGGACGCAUUGUUGUUGGCGUGGCUGUGUCAAGCAAUGAAAAAUACAAUGGUUUUGCCCGCUUUAGUAAUGUUGAAUUUUACCAUACUGGCCAAAGUAGUUGGAGUUCCUUAUCGGAUAAAAGGCCUUCAUUGAUAUAUCUCAACGCCGGUACGGUGACAACAGAAAGCCCGUCAUCUGUGACUAAGUGUGUCUUCCAUCACGGCUUCUCGGCAGCGGUUGGAGUAUACGGUACCAAUGGUCUUGCACUUACGGACAACGUCAUCCACCACGCUGUGUCUUUGGCAAUCGAAACACAAUCUUUGAAGACAACAAUUCAGCAUAACUUUAUCACUUUAGUCAAGGAUAGCAGUUCCUAUUCUGGAGCAAUAAGUGGGAUGGGGUCCAAAGAAAUGACACUUACAGAUAACACAGUCAGCGGUACUAACGGAGUAGCUUUCCAUGUUCCUGGGGUAGAAUGUGGUCUAACGUUCGGUCCAUCGGGUAAUGAAGCCCACAGUUCAUCAAUAGGAUUGGCUGUUUUUCCAGGGGAUACCUUUCAAGGCUCGUGCUAUCAAAUAUCGAGCUAUUUCAUCUGGAGAUGUAAUGAUAUAGGAAUAUAUUACAACAACAGACACUCUGUAGUUUUGAUUAAUAAUAUAAUAGCAGAAAACACUCUUGGGUUAUAUACCCAAGUAGUUGGACCAAGUGCUAUAGAUCAUUUAUACUCGCCGAAGUAUUGUACCGUGAAGGACAGUCUCAUCAUCGGGACAACAUCGUCAUAUAACUGUACUACCGAUCUACCUGUAUCUACUGCAAUAGGUAAUCAGGUAACUGGAGGUCACGUUGGUUUAACAUUUACUUCCUUUAUGGGAGGAACUAACGGCGCUCCCAUGUACGACCUGAUUGGAAUAAGGACAUAUCCUGCUAUCAUGGGAGUAACGAACAUUCAAGGUGUAACGUUUGCACAUUUUAAGACGGUGUGUGGUACAAAAGACGUCAUGCUGACUACAAACAAAGCAAACGAUGACGGACAGCACCCUGUGGUAACUAGUGAAAUCACCAAAUAUGACUCGGAAAGUGAUACCUAUUUCUUUAUCCAUCGUCCUAAUAUCGAAAAAAUAAAUCCGAGUGACUGUGUUGACAUGGAUUGUGAUGGACUGAAGAAGGCACUUAUAAAGGACGAAGACGGUUCCUUUCUGGGGACAAAUGGUGCUGUCGUAUCACAGUCGGAAUGGGAGUGGGAUGGCGAUCCGAGAAGGGGUCUAGGGGACUACAGGAUACCGAGAGAGAUGCUGACCACUCUAUCCGGCAAACGAAUCAACGUCAGUAGCAUUGCACCACAUAAGGGAAUAAUACGAAAUGACCAGUGUAUAUACAGGACUGCAUGGCAGGCCUACGAGUGUCACAACCUUGAUUACGGGAUGCUUAUAAUAGAGAGUCUGGACGCGGACACAGAGACCAGACGUCUUUCACCUGUCGCCAUUCUCGGAGACGGGUAUUUGGACCUCAUUAAUGGACCACAGGACCAUAGUGGGUGUAGUCAAGGCGGCAACUGUCGAAAACGUCUGUCUACAUUUAUGUCUAUAGUAGCCUCAGGUACGCCUUAUUUACUACACUUCACCACGACAAGUCCACAAACAAUGCGUGUCUUCCUGUUGAACGCCAAUGAUAACCAAGCCAUCACCCUAGGAAUAUGGUACUCCCAGUCCAACCGUCGAGAUGUGUAUGUGAAUGGCGAACUAGUCCUGGCAAAGAACGCUAGAAUGGUAAACGGGAAAUAUAUAGUCGAUCCACCAUCAUUCGAUGGAGAAUUUGUUCCUGACGUAAAUUCAAGCGACGUCAUAGGGACAAAUUUCUUUGACAGGGAUUCCAAUAUCUUGUAUGUAUUAGUCAGAGGGAGCAGUCCAGUUAAAAUAGUAACAAAUCCAUCGUUUAUUGUGUCAUUUCAAAUACCAGCACUGACCCCAGAGGAGUUCUACGGGGAAGCGUUAAUACAUAAUUUAGCUUUGUUUUUCGAUGUACCACCGGAGAAGAUCAGAGUGGUUAAUGUUGUGAGGGAGUCUGGAAGAAGAAGACGCGAUGUGGAUGAGAACAUAGAGAUCCAAGUGGAAAUCAGUGAUCCUCCAACCGCAAUUAAAGCUGAAAAUGUUACGGUAAAUGAGACAGUGACAACAGACUCCCUGCUGAACUUGUCAUCAAAGUUCAUUAACGAAGUGCAGGGAGGAGGAGACAUAAGUAAGACGCUCAAUAUGUCUGUGAGAGGUAUUAGUAUAAGUGAACCACUUUCUGAGAUACGCGAAGACGGAAAGGACGAAACAGGAAAUUGUGCUGGAAAACUCACUGUACCAAAGAGUAUGAGGAUAUUCUUCCAGCCGGCAUCGUCUCAUGAAAAUAUACUGCUUCCUUCUCAACCAUGCCUUCAACUGUUUGAUGUGCAGGGGGAUUCUAUGACAAAAGUAGGCAGCAUUGACGAUCAUUGGCAAAUGACAGCAUAUCUCAUGUCGGGAAAGAACCAGUCUGCGCGGCUACUUGGAACUACAACUGUAGACAUAGUUAGCGGUUGGGCAAACUUCACUGACCUCCGAAUAUCGCAUUACGGGGAUAACUUUUCUAUUCAAUUUGACAAGACCUAUCCAGAUAAUGGGAAAAGUUUAAGUACGAAAACAUAUAUUUUUACUGUAGAAAAAUUAGACAUCAGUCUCAGAAUCAAUGUAUCAAGUGACACGAUUAUUACAAACAACGUCACCGAAGUGAAGAUUGAACUGGAGAAUAAUCUCAAUGAGCGAAUCAGCAAUAUAGAUUGGAGGAAUCUUACAUGGACAGCUAUUGUUAAUCUGAGCAAUAUUUCGGAACCACCGGGGGAUAUGACAGGAACUCGAAGAGUUACAUUUGAUCCUUCCACUGGAGAAGCCGUGUUUGAUAACCUGUCCUUUGAUCAGAUUGGAACUUACAUGUUGACAUUUACUGUGACGUCAUCACCAGAAGAUUACACCAUUUACAGGAACGUGCAAGUUCAAGUACUAAAUCAGAACCAGCUUGAACUUCUCAACAAUAAUACAACUAUGGUAGCAAACAUAUCAAUGAAGUUUGAUGAAAACUUUCAAGACGUCGUUGGAAAUAAAACUGAUGAGUUUAAAAUCUAUGUCGUCAACAUCCUUACAUUGCAACACAAAGGCGCACUGGUUGACAGCAUGACGGUGAAAGAAGGCAGUAUAUUAGUAGAGGCAACAUUGCGAGCUACAGCAGCUGAUAUGAACGACACGUUAGAUUCUCUGGCUGGAACUGUAAACUCACAAGACUUCAAUUUCAAUGGAAAGCAAAUAAAAAAUCCAACCCUGCGAGUGAAUGAUCAACUGCUAACUGUCAACACAACAACAGACCACAUUUCAACAACGGGUGCCUCUCACAUUAUGUCGACGAUAGGGAACAUUUCCUCGGCAACUAUUGAGGGUACGACAUUGACGUUUUCCAGUGCCACCGUUCUGUCAGUCCCCAUUGUGGUUGUCAUUGUCAUUACACCAUUAGCCAUACUUCUAGGAGUAAUGUUUAUUGUCAUUGCCUUCAAAUGCAGGAAGAUGCGGCCACCAGAAAUAGCAGAACAAUUGACGAGAACUUGGGCAGUGAACUCUGAUGAUUUUAAUCCCAGAAAAGACGACACAGAAAGCAGCGAAUAUUGCUAUUUGACUCCUUUAGCAUUCGGUGCUGAUGUAAAACCCCAUCAACACCAAAUAUCCCGUCUGCAUAACAACUUAGCUCGGAGGCCAUUCACUCCGACGUAUGAAAUACAAAAUCAACUGCCACCAUCCUCCGUAGGAAGUUUGGGGUCAGCAAAGACAGAAGACUACAGGAGAAGGCUGUAUCAGUCAUCUGGAAGUGACGACGGACAUUCGUCACAUACAUAUUACAGUGGAAAAAGACUGCCAAAUAACUGACACAGCAGCUUAUUUGUUAGGUUGGCCUCAUCAUAAAUGAAACCAUAGCCAGGAUCUUAGGUACAAAAUGAUUUUCAAUGUAGUUGGUGUCCCUUGAGGAAUAUAUUAUAAGCAGAAUGCAGAUGAGUUAAUGUGUUUUCUAUGUAACGUAUAGAUUAGGCAAAGCAGCAUGGUUACAUAAUAUCCUGUUUUCUUUAUGACUUAUGUCAAAUUCAAUUAUUCGAAUGUCAUUCAAGUGUUGAAAUAGUGACCAUAUUGAGAUAGAAAUGCUUAUUUUAUCUUUAAUUUUUAUUAUACUUAUUACACUUGAUUUAGAUGUAUACAUAGAAAGCAACAAUAGCGAAAAACAGCGACAAUUCUCUUCAACACAUCCGUCUCACAAAGAAGAUAAAAUAAUAUGUUGUUCAAACGCUCGGAUCAAGGCAAAGAUCCUGGUUCAAGUUUUCCUAUCACUGCUAAUAAACCCGUCUGAGUUUAAAAUUUACUUUUGCGUAUAUCAUACAUAUCUUAGUCAUGCUGUUACACAAACGCCCAAAACGUCGAAAAAGCGUCAUCUUAAUAUUUCAUGACAUUAUAAAAUAUAAAAGUAACGCAAGUGUACCACCUGUAUGAUCUUAGCUGCAAAGUGAUAUAAUAUUUUCAAACAUAGGUACUUUUCAGUCAAUCACAAACAUCGCACGUGAACUUUAGUUAAAUAAAUUGUAUGUGGUUUAAAACACAUCGUAGAAACCAAAAUAUUAUUUUUCUAUUGUUGCACAAUGAUACGAAUUAUUAGGCUUGCGUAUGAAUGUAUCUAGUAAUUUCGUUUGACUUAUUCAUCUUCGCUAGCCAAGUGUUCGAAGUGUAUACGAAGCGAACACUUGGCUAGCGAAGAUGGACUUAUUAUGCUUUUGGUAACCAAAAUAUGUUUAAUAACCAGACAAACAGCUAUAUUUUAACUAAGUGUAACAUAUACUAUUUUAAUUAAAUUAUUGUAUAUACUGUAUUAUUUCGAAAACAAAUAGUCAAUACAAAAAUAUGCAGAUUUGCUAAAGUGAGAAGAGUUUUUAAUAUAUUCACAAAAGAUGCCUUUUGAAUAAAAUAAGUUAGCGCUGAUUUUAUUUAGAUAAAAUCUACAACAAUAAACAAUGUUUAUAUAUUUUCUAAUGUAAAACAACUUUAACAUUUGUAAGAAGGUACAUAAACUUAUUUACGUAUAUUAUUGACACACGUGGAUAUAUCUUUUUUUUAAUAUUUUUAUUGUCACAAAGAAUGGAUAACUAUCGAACUGUGUCUUAUGAAGCAGUUUUUGAGCAGUACAUUCCCCUGUCAUGACGUAAUUCUAUUCGUGAUUUUAGUGUAUUCAUAUGACUUAGGAUGGGUUCGUGUGCCCGUCCAGGAAUUUCAAAUAAAGUUUUCAGCUUGUUUUGUUAUUUUGACAUUUGCUUUUAUGAUUGAAUUAAACAACACUAUUUUAAAAUGCAGCAAAUCACUUGAAAUCAAAUAUAUAUUUUUCCUCUGAAUAUCAGAGACUGGUAAUUAAGACUUACUGAGAAUGAUAGAAUCACAAUCAAGUAUCCCUACGUUGAAAGAAACAGUAAAAUUAACAUUCAAAAAUAAAAUACGUUACU